CAGCUGGCUGUCCUCAGGUCAAUAAUUUCAAGCCUAUCGGAACCUCGCCCACUGCUAUCUCGGUACCCCCACUCAUUGUCUGGUUGAAUCCCACCUGGAAUUCGGAUCUAAAGCCCUUGUCUUGCACCAAUGCUUUAGCUUUAUCUGAGGCCUGUCCCUGACCUUGAGCUGCUUUCGUUGCACUGCUUGCUCACUUUGAGUCCCCGGUGUUCAGACCUCUUCAGCCCCCACGCUCCCCUUAUUACCUGCUCUUGGAAGCCAUAUUGCCACCUCGUUGCCCUCAGAUUCCGUUUCCUCCUUCACAUGCCCCCCAACUGCUCUUCCUUCGUCCUAGUGUGGUAGCCUCUGUCCCUGUACCAUAUUUGGCUGCCGUGGGCGUGCGGAACUCAUCGUCUACGCCGCCAUAAUGAACGUUCCCAGUCCUAGGAGCCGCGGUUCCGUUGACGACUCGAGUGUCUACGAUGACGCCCGAACUUAUUAUGCCUCCGAUGAACGCCACAUCAAUGUUCGGAGCGGUGCGAGGACUCGUACUUAUUCCCAGAACAGCCUGCUAAAGCAGAUGGACCGCCUGGGAUUGAAAGAGCCAUUCAGGCGUGGCAGUCAUGACGAAUCCACUAUCCCCCAUUCUCGCCGCUUUCUCAUCCAAGUUGAGCCGACCCUUCAGAGCCUACAAUCGCAGGAGGACACCGAUGGCAACAUGCAGAUCACUAUCGAGGAUAGCGGACCAAAGGUCCUGACCCUUCGCACCGCGGCAUCCAAUGGCCACAACAGAUUCGACAUCCGAGGCACCUACAUGCUCUCCAACCUGCUCCAGGAAUUGUCGUUGGCGAAGGAGUACGGGCGCAAGCAGAUUAUCCUAGAUGAGGCUCGGCUGAACGAGAACCCGGUAAAUCGGCUAUCACGAUUGAUUCGGGACCAUUUCUGGGAGAGUCUGACUAGGCGAAUCGACGCUUCGAGCAUUGAGGUUGCGGCCAGAGAUCCCAAGGACUGGACCGAUGACCCACGGCCGCGUAUCUACAUCCCGAGAGGGGCUCCGGAGCAGUACGAAUACUACACCAAGUUGGCCCAGGAAAGGCCCGAAAUCCGGCUGGACGUCCAGCUCCUUCCCGAGAAGAUCACACCCGAGUCUGUCCGGGCAUUGAACUCGAAGCCGGGUCUCUUGGCCGUGGAUAUGGAAGAAGUUGACGACCCGAAGACGGGCGAGAGGGCACUUUCCGGGCGGCCCUUCGUCGUUCCUGGUGGCCGAUUCAACGAGCUGUAUGGGUGGGACAGUUACAUGGAAUCCCUGGGCCUCCUGGUCAACGACAAGGUAUACUUGGCCAAGUCCAUGGUCCUUAACUUCUGCUUCUGCAUCAAACACUAUGGCAAGAUUCUCAACGCGACGAGAUCUUACUACCUUUGCCGAUCCCAGCCGCCCUUCCUCACCGACAUGGCCCUCAGGGUGUACGACAAGAUCAAGCACGAGCCUGGCGCCCUCGAUUUCCUCCGCACAGCCAUAUUGGCCGCCAUCAAGGAAUACCACAGCGUCUGGGUUGCCGAGCCCAGACUGGACCCCGUCACUGGCUUGUCCAGGUACCGACCCGAAGGCCUUGGCGUGCCCCCAGAGACAGAGGCUGGCCACUUCGUACACAUCCUUGAGCCGUACGCUAAAAAGCACAACAUGUCCUUCGAUGAGUUUGUGGAGGCGUACAACACAGACAAGGUCAACGAGCCUGAGCUGGACGAGUAUUUCAUGCACGACCGGGCCGUUCGCGAAUCCGGCCAUGAUACUUCGUACCGCUUUGAGCGUGUAUGCGCCAAUCUGGCAACCAUCGAUCUCAACUCGCUCCUCUACAAGUACGAGACGGACAUCGCCCGAACAAUUCGCAACGUCUUCAACGACAAGCUGGUCAUCCCUGAGGAGUACUGCGUCGGCAACUUGCAACCUGGCCAAGUCGAGACCUCGGCCAUCUGGGACCGUCGCUCGAAGCGCCGCAAGCUCGCCAUUGACAAGUACCUAUGGAACGAAAAGGAGGGCAUGUAUUUCGACUACGACACUGUGAAGCGCGAGCAGUGUGUCUACGAGAGCUGCACUACCUUCUGGGCGCUCUGGGCUGGUGUCUCGAGCCCCAAGCAGGCGGCAGCCAUGGUCACGAAGGCGCUGCCAAAGUUCGAGGCAUUUGGAGGCUUGCUCUCCGGUACGAGGGAGAGCCGCGGCGAGGUCGGCUUGGAGCGCCCAAACCGCCAAUGGGAUUAUCCAUAUGGCUGGGCUCCACAACAGAUGCUGGCCUGGACCGGCCUGUACCGCUACAGCUUCACGGAAGAGGCCGAACGGCUGGCGUACAAGUGGCUUUUCAUGAUCACGAAGGCCUUUGUCGAUUUCAACGGCGUGGUAGUCGAGAAAUACGACGUGACUCGGCCGGUCGACCCGCACCGCGUCGAUGCCGAGUACGGCAACCAGGGUCUGGAUUUCAGGGGCGUCGCGAAGGAAGGCUUCGGAUGGGUCAACGCCAGCUACAUCUACGGCUUGCAGAUCGUUAAUGCCCAUAUGCGCCGUGCUCUAGGGACGCUGACCCCAUACGACACCUUUAUCAAGGCCAUCGAAGAAAACCGCAACAAGGCGCUUGCGGAGCUGGUGUAGGGAUUUGGUUUGCCAUCUCUCUUUGCAUUUUCCUCAUUUGAAUUGUCCCCUCUCGCAUUUUCUUCUCUUGCAUUUUCCCUAUUGCAUUUUCCCCCAUUGUAACUGCUAUCGAGUUCAUACUGUAAUCUCUUGGCGUUACCGGUGGCGCUGAUGAGGGUUUCCAACGAGAGACGGAGAAGGCUGCAUAAGGCUGCAUCUAUGGCUGAUUUCAUGGUUUGAGGCGAGUUGGAAGACGAGCUGACAUUCGUGGCAUUGGUUACUUUUUUACGGCAAGAACCAGCAAGAGUUGUUCUUGAAGGCAAGGGGAAAAGUGCAGAAGAGGCACUGGACAUUGGGGGAGACACAAAACGAGACUGGACACAGACACCUGUAGAAAUUGUAAGGGAACAACAUCAUAGCAUGAAUGCUCAGGCCGUAGUACGGCCACAAUCAAAACCG